UGCUUUCGUCAUCAAUGUACGACGCUCAGUGCAUGCCGUAAGAGGGAGUGAAAUAGCACGUUUCAUUGGCUACCUAUACUAUUAAUUUAUAUAGUAAGAUGAGGGAAACACCGUUAUCAAACUGCGAGCGGCAAUUUCUGUUGAAAGCCAUCGAAGAAAAAAAGCGCUUGGAUGGAAGACAGACUUAUGACUACAGAAAUAUUAAGAUCACGUUUGGAACGGACUAUGGGUGCUGCAUUGUUGACCUUGGAAAGACCAGGGUUCUGGCCCAGGUGUCUUGUGAGCUGGUAGCACCCAAAGAAAACAGACCGACAGAGGGCAUCCUGUUCCUCUCCCUGGAACUCUCCCCCAUGGCGUCCCCCAUCUUUGAGGCGGGCAGGCAGUCUGAAUUACUUGUGAAGUUAAACCGACUGCUAGAAAGAUGCCUUCGGAACUCCAAAUGCAUAGACACAGAGUCUCUGUGUGUGGUUUCUGGUGAAAAGGUGUGGCAGAUCAGAGUGGACGUGCACGUGCUGAACCACGAGGGAAACCUCAUGGACGCGGCUAGCAUAGCGGCCAUCGCCGGGCUGUGCCACUUCAGACGGCCAGACGUGGGAAUCCAGGGGGACGAGGUUACUGUGUACGGCCCAGAGGAACGGGACCCUGUUCCCCUGAGCAUUUAUCACAUGCCCAUCUGCGUCAGCUUCGCCUUCUUCCUGGAAGGAACAUACCUGCUGGUGGACCCCAGCGAAAGGGAGGAGAGAGUGAUGGACGGCCUGCUGGUCAUUGCCAUGAACAAACACAGAGAGAUCUGCUCCAUUCAGUCCAGUGGAGGGAUCAUGCUCCUGAAGGACCAGGUCUUACGAUGCAGCAAGAUCGCAAGCGUGAAAGUGUCCGAGAUAACGGACCUCAUCAACAGAGCUCUGGAGAAUGACAGGAAAGCCAGGAAAGAGGGAGACAAAUUUGGCUUUGCGGAGCUGAUGGCCGUGCAGCGAAUCACAGCGCUGAAGAGCGAUGAAGUUUCCAUAGAGAUGAGUGACGGGGACGCGGGAGCCCCCAGCGUUGCCAUCACGACAGAGUCUCCACCUGAGGUCGAGAGGGUGCCGUCGCCGGUGGUUCGAGCGCCAGGGGCCGGCCAGGUGGGAGAGAGCCUGGAGAACGCCUGGGGCCUGGAGCAGCUGGAGGAAGAGGAAGACCAGCCUGGCGAUGAAGUCAUGGAUGAAGGCCUGGAGAUAAAAGAGGAGAACCAGCGACAGGAGAAAAGCAAAGGUGAAGUUGUCGUCAUCUCAGACAGUGAAGAGGAAGAAGUUGUCAUUUUAAAUCCGAAAACACAAGUCAAAGAAUCGACGCUACAUGCAAGUCAGUCACAGCCACAAAGCACAGGUGCUGCCAAGAAGAAGAAGAAGCAGCAGAAGAAGAAGCCUGUUCACUGAAGGACCUGUUACCGUGGUUACAGAUCAUUUCCCCUGCAGUUUUGAGAUCUUCUGUCUUUGACCACAACCCUUAAAUUGUUUUUUCUUCUUGUCUUUACAAUGAAUGUUUAAAAUGGGUUAAUUCACCCACAACUCUUCACGAUUAAAAGCAAAUCUUUUUGUACAACUUU